CCCCGGGCGAGUACGAGCCCCGUUGCUUGCACGUGAUCCGGUUACCACGACAACGCGACUUCUUGUGAGCGCGUGAGCGGUGAUUUGGCGACACGUCCGCCGGUUGUGCACGUUUAUAAGAAAAGCCCCCUUUCUGCCUGCUUCUGCCGCUUCUUCUAUCGCUCAGAUUCACCAGCCUGUAAUCCUGCACUGCGAAUCAAUUACUACACGAGCAUAAUCAACAAUGUCUAUGAUGGAUAAGCUGAAAGAGGUAUGUCUUCUACUCCGCGAGACACGGCGAGGGGAGCGAGCGGUGACUUGAGACUUGAUCAGGGCUGCGUCGAGACGCGACCUUGCCCCGUUUCAAUCCGAUCAAUUCCGCGGUUGCUGUCAAAUCCUCUUCUUUUUAUCGUCUGAUGGUCUAACAAUGCUAUGCAGAGAAUCAACACCCUCCGAUUGGAGGCCGAGACCGCGCAGGACAAGGCCGACGAAGCCUCGGCGCGCGUCAAGGCGCUCGAGCAGGACGUGCUGACGAAGGAGCAGGAGAUCACUUCGCUGACGCACAAGAACUCGCUGCUAGAGGAGGAAGUCGAGAAGCUCGAGAAGCAGUUGAGCGAGGCCAAGUCUGCGGCCGAGGACGGCGCUGCGCACGGCAGUGCGAACGAGACUCUUACGCGCAAGAUAAGUCAGCUCGAGGAGGAGCUGGAAGAGGCUGAUAAGAACCUGCGCGAGACUACCGAGAAGCUCCGUGUGACCGACGUCAAGGCCGAGCAGUACGAGCGCAAGGUCUCAAGUCUGGAGACCGAGGUCGAGUCAUGGGAGAAGAAGUUCGAGGAGAUGUCUGUCAAGUACGACGAGGCCAAGGCUGAGCUCGAGGAGAUCAACAAGCAGCUGGAAGCUUUCUAAUUUCUUCUUUCUUUCUUUCUUUCUUUCUCAUGUCUUCAAUCUUAUGUCUUCCAAAACCCACAGUUUUGUAUUUCGGAUCGAUCUCUCAGUCAGUUCUUGUUCUUGUAUGAAACAUGCAGUACAUAUAUGAUUAGAUGAAUUUACGUUUUGCUUGGUACUUACGAAACCGUAGAGAUCAAGAUCAGACCAGUCGAUCCAUCAAUCAGUUACAAGAUAAGAAUGAUAAAACUCGUUAAACCGCUCGUCUACUUUGAUCCGAUA